AUGAAAGGAGUCAUGAGAUUCGGAAAGAAGGGGAAAUUGAGUCCAAAAUACAUUAGACCGUAUGAGAUUUUGCAAAGGAUAGGAAAAGUAGCUUAUAGAUUGGCAUUGCCUAUGGACCUUAGUAAGGUACAUGAUGUGUUUCACGUUUCUCAAUUGAGAAGAUACAUCCCAGAUAAGUCACAUGUAUUGCAACCUGAAACCGUAGAACUAGAUCAAAGUCUAACUUAUGAGGAAAGACCUGUAAAGAUCCUUGAUACUAAAGUGUGUAGUACACGCAAGAAAGAUGUAAAGAUAGUAAAGGUUUUAUGGUCGAAUCAAGAAACUGAGGAAGCGACAUGGGAAGCCGAGGAUGAAAUGAGAAAGAAGUACCUAGAAUUGUUUGAGCUUUUGCUGAUUCGUACUUUUGUGUUUGUGUUUGGCUUUCCUUUGGAUUGGCUCUACUAUAACCCAUUUAUAUGGUAUCCAAAUUAUGAUUGUGAAAAGGAUCAAUUAUGA